AUGUCGGAACCAACACUCUCCAGCAUGGCACCUCUGCCGCCACAACGAGAUCCAAGGCGAGCCCUAAGGAUCAAGACCACUUCCGCAAUCCCCACUGGUAUCAGCAUAAGCAACGAGCAAAUUGACGUUUGGGACAGGGCUCUUGAGCUCUAUCGGUACUCCAUCCACGAUGAACAAUGGCAGGUCGCUGCAGAGGAUUUCACCAUGCUUGCAGAAGACAUUGAAUCCAACAUGGAGAGCACUCUGUGUCUGCUCAAUGCUGCAAUCAUUUUCUCCAGGCUUGGAGUCUUCGCCGCAGUAUCGAGGGUCAUCGACCAAGCACAACCAUCAGGACUUCUCGUUUCUCUGACGAUGUUCAUCCUAGCAUAUGUCGAGCUCCAGCGGGAGAACUUUGCCAAAGCCGAAGAUUGCUUCAAAGUCGUCCUGGAAGGUCUCGACAAGUCCUCGCAGGAUUACAAAUGUCUAGGCCUCGACUUCACGUUGAACGUCGCUGAUGUUCGCUACAAUCUGUUCAUUUUAAGGACGACCAAGCAGAAUCGUUACGAAGUUCUCGAGACCCUUGGUCAGCUCCCAAUAGAGGGCAUCUUUAGUGCACCGGCACGAUCUGAGAUUGUAGCGUCGGGCACUACGAAGGACAGAAGCCCGACCAUCGGCUCUGAGGUCAGCAAUGUUGACGACAGCGAGGCGACACCUUCGCUGUCCAAUGGUAGCUCACGGCCAUCAUCAACGGCGUCUCCAGCUGGCAAAGGGUAUUUCGACGACUGGCAAGGCGAUGCAUGGGUAUCAUCUUCCAGAUCAUUGUCAAACGUCGAGCUAGCAUCAUCUGAAGCUGAGCAACGGCGAUGGAGCGGCAGUUUCGACGAGAAAGAGCCGUCAAUGAGUCUUAGCAUCGUAUCAACAGGAUACAACCCAUACAGCCUUUCAGAGGGACAUCCUGAUUCACCAAGCCUCAAGAGGAAGUCCACUGAGGAGCACUUGGCAGCUAUUCCAACGCGCAACUUCAACUUCGAGCCCCGCGAAGCUCGAGUAGGAUCAAUGACUACGCAAUACCUUGCAGACUUCGUUCGUGACCUACCCUCGAGCGAGACCCCAGAGCCACCGUCUAGAAAUCCACAGCGCACCGGCUUGGAACCAAUGUUCGAGAACAUUACGAUCCGAGACGAUACCAAAUCACUCCCACCAACGCCAUUGACCAUCCACUCCCGUCACGACAGCGCCAACUCCAUGCCUACAGACAUCCACCCUGCGCUCCGACCCAUCCCCGAACAAGAGCCAGCAGAAUCUUCAGAACAAUUCAGUACCCUCCGCAUGGACAACCCAGUCUCCCGCCCAGGCUUCAAACGCUUCAACUCCACUGCCUCAAUCAAAAGUGGAAUGUCAGCAGUCAGUAAGCUCGGCAGCAUCGCACCAUCCUUGAACAACUUCCACUACACCUGGAGAGGCGGAUUACAAUACGAGGAUCUAGACAAUCCCAAGCCGCCGAAGGUAUAUGUUCCCCCAGCAAAGCCGGCUUCGCCGUAUGCGGGACACUCCUUCUUUGCGACUUGGGGAAGCCAGAUGGGGUCGUUGUGGGGGAAGGGUACGAUGGAGAGUGUAGGGAUGAUGGCGAGGCAAGGGAACAUGAGGACGAGGAGCAUUAGGAGGGGAGGUACGAAGAGGAUAGGAUUGACGUCGUCGACGUGA